UUCCUUUUUAACGCAAUCGUUAAGCCCCAGGUUGCAUAAUAUUUCCUUAGGGGAGACCUAUGUCUUGUUUGACUUUCUUUUCCUUCUGUGUAUGCUAGGCCGACUGAGAAAUCGGUGCUAAAUCGUGUUGCCAGCGUAAGAAAUUACACGGAAGCUCGGUGUCUUGUGGCGUGGCUGAUUGCUCAUUAGGCUGUGAUACUAUUUAGCGAGUUUUCAGUUUUCUUGGAAGUACAAUUCAGGAGUAUUACCAGGAUCUAUAAAACCUGUCUAGCCUAAAAAAUAUUUAAUUCUUAUUACUGUUGUUUAUACGGAUGACAGACAACAUGCCUAAAGGAAAAGAAAACGAAAGCAGCACAGUGAAUAUUGUUUCUCGAAGUCAUUGGAACGCCAUGGAGCCACGGAGCAAAGACAAAAUGCAGGGUCUUGCUCAGCAAGUCAUUAUUCACCACACCGCUCUCUGGUCCUGCCGCCAGUCGCAAGAAUAUAUCUCUCAGCUCACAUAUAUUCAGAAAAUGCAUGUGGAGGAACGGGGCUUUGAAGAUAUCGGUUACAACUUUCUUCUUGGGCAAGAUGGCACGGUGUACGAAGGCCGAGGCUGGGGCAUUGUAGGUGCACACGCGAAGAACCACAAUUUAAAUUCUAUUGGUAUUGCCUUCAUGGGCAACUUCAACGAUUAUUCUCCCAGCUCUUCGGCGCUGUCAGCUGCCCAGAUUCUAAUUCGUUGUGGAGUGGCUCAAGGUUUUUUAAACCCCAAUUUCGUCAUUUUGGGGCAUAGAGACAUUGCAAAUACAGAAUGUCCAGGAGAAUAUCUCUACUCAUCUUUAGCAACACUUAGAUAUCAAUAA